CAUAUACUUUAUAGUUUAUAGUCAUUUUAUUAGUAUACUUUUAUUUUGAAUUGAAUUCUGUUCUCUGCUGCUUUACCAACACAAAUAAAACUAUGGUACUCUAUGGUAGUAUGUGUUUGAGCAACACUGUUUUAAAAUAUGGAGUCAUGGCUGAGGAAUCUUUAUUAUAAUCAUCAUUAUCUUCAAAGUAUAAUGAAAUUUUAAUGACCUUUUUCAACUCUUGCUUUUUUUGCUUUUGUAUGGUUGUUGUUGGUUUUGGAUUUUUCUGUAUCUGGUAAUUUUUUUCCAAUAGUAUGUAUUACAUACAAAAAAGAAGAAGACCACAAAGAAACAACAACAACAAAAACUCAUCAUAUACAAUAGUUGUUGUUUUUAUAUUACACAUCUUGAGUAGUUUUUGUGUAUGUAUUCUGGAAUGAAAAGAAAACGAAUUGUAAAAUGCACUCAUUAUUAUGUGUAUAUGAAAGUAUGCAGUAAAACAACAACAAGGAGUAAAUAAAUUAGUUAGACAUAUAAAAACAUACUUAUAGUUAGAAAUGAGUAUGUUUUUGUUGGUGUAAAUGAGUUUUGUAAAUAACAAACCAACAUAAAAGAAGGAAGUUUAUUCAAGUGGAUAGUACGAUAAUGGAAUUUUUUGGGGAGUUUUCCUGUUGCCAUUCAUUAUGGAAAUGCAUUAAAAAGCUUUAAUCUACCUGGGGAUUUCUUUAUUUAUACAAAUGUUCUGAUUGCUACAAAUGAUAUCUUAACCAUGGGUCGGCGGAUUACAACUAUUAUUAAGCUGAGGUUUAGCUGAGUUCGUUUUUGGGAAAAGCCAUGUCUUCUUAGUUCAGAUGUUCAACUUUAAAGGAUUUGGAUCUGCACCUAAAUAUCAAACGGCUUAUGCAUGUGAAGGUAAGAAAUUAACCAUAGAAUGUGAACCGGGUGAUUUGAUAAAUCUGAUACGAGCCAAUUAUGGACGUUUUUCCAUAACAAUAUGCAAUGAUCAUGGCAAUAUGGAAUGGAGUGUUAAUUGUAUGUUUCCAAAAAGUUUAACGGUGCUUAAUUCAAGAUGUGCUCAUAAACAAAGUUGUAGUGUUUUGGCUACAACCAGCAUGUUUGGUGAUCCUUGUCCGGGUACUCAUAAAUAUUUGGAGGCACAUUAUCAAUGCAUAUCGGCUUCACAAACUUCAACCACGACGAAUCGACCCAGUCCGCCUCCUUGGGUUCUAUCGAAUGCACCACCUUUGCUACCGAAUGGUAGUAGUUCUUCUAUAAUAAAUCCUGCCGUUUUAUCGCCACCUUUGCCACCAGCCCAACGACCACAAAUGCCUAUACCAGGUUUGGCCAAUACAAAUCUACCCUUAGGCGGUGGCAGUUUGCCAAAUGCAGUGGUGCCUUCAUCGCCAGGGCCUCCCACUAUACACACUACUCUGCCGGGUGGUCGUCUAAAGGCGGGUUAUAAUAAUACUGCUUUAAAAACACCAACACGUCAUGAUGGUCUGCCACCACCACCGCCUUUACAUCAUCAUCAUCAUUCAGCCUCUAAUGGUGGUCAUCAUCCUUCGAAUGAUCAGGGUAAGGAGGGACCUACUAGGGGAGGGGAACAACAGCAGCAUUUACAUAAAACAGAAACCAAAACUAGCAACGCUCCUGUUAGUAAUAACAAUAGCAAUAACAACAACAAUACCACCGCUCCUCCCAACACUAGAAUACUCACCGGCGUAGGUGGUACUGGCAGUGAUGAUGGCACUUUAUUAACCACCAAAACUACCACUAGAGGUCAACAGCAACAGCAGCAACAAUCUCCUUCUCCUACAGGCACUACCACAGCCUCUUCUUUGGGCAGUUUAAAUACUACCUUAGGGGCCGGUAUUAUAAAAUCCAUAAACAACAUCAAUCUCAAUUCUGGUUUAGGAGGAGAAGAUGAAACCAAUAUGUUUUGUGGACCCACCAAUGCCCGCAAUCUUUUCUGGAAUAUGACACGAGUAGGAGAUGUCAAUGUACAGCCCUGUCCUGGUGGUGCUACCGGCAUUGCUAAAUGGCGUUGUGUUUUAAUGAAAAGAAUAACACUAGAUGAUGAAGAAGACUCUGCUAGCUCUACACAAACACCUAUAUGUAAUGGCACUUCCUGUCUCAAUCUAAGACUACGUAAUUUUGAACCCACCUGGCAUCCGUUAACACCCGAUCUUACACAAUGUCGCAGUUUAUGGUUAAAUAAUCUAGAAGUGCGUGUUAAUCAUCGUGAUUCUUCGCUUAUAUCUAUAGCCAAUGAUUUGUCUGAGGUUACCAGCAGCAAGACACUUUAUGGCGGUGAUAUGUUAGUUACCACCAAAAUCAUACAAGCCAUGUCAGAGAAAAUGUAUCAUGAUAAAGAAACUUUUCCCGAUCAACGUUUGAGAGAAGCCAUGAUUUUGGAAUUGUUACAGGGUGUGGUAAAAACGGGUUCGAAUCUUUUGGAUGAAUCGCAAUUAUCUUCAUGGUUAGAUCUUAAUCAAGAGGAUCAAAUGAGAGUGGCCACUUCGUUGUUGACCGGUCUGGAGGAUAAUGCUUUUCUUUUAGCUGAUACUAUUAUAAGGGAAAGGAAUGUAGUGCAGAAGGUUAAAAAUAUAUUGCUCUCCGUGCGUGUAUUGGAAACCAAAAGCAUACAAAACAAUGAAGUUUUUCCUGAUGCCGAACAGUGGCAAAUCAGUGAUGAUAGAAUAGAAUUGCCGCGGGCCGCCUUAAUCGAAAACAGUGAGGGAGGCUUAGUGCGCAUAGUGUUUGCAGCCUUCGAUCGUUUGGAAUCUAUACUCAAGCCCUCCUAUGAUCAUUUUGAUUUAAAAUCUGCCAGAAGUUAUAUACGCAAUACUGCCAUUUUAGCCAAUGAUAGUGAUGCUUCCAACAGCCAGCAACGUAUACGCAUUUUAAAUAGCAAAGUAAUAUCAGCUAGUUUGGGUAAAGGACGUCAUAUACAGCUAUCACAACCCAUUAAAUUGGUUUUAAGGCAUUUAAAAACGGAAAAUGUUACCAAUCCGACUUGUGUAUUCUGGAAUUAUAUAGACCAUGCCUGGUCUGCUAAUGGCUGUAUUUUGGAGUCAACCAAUCGCACCCACAGCAUAUGCAUGUGUAAUCAUUUAACCAAUUUUGCCAUACUAAUGGAUGUCAUGGAUGAUCAUAACCAUUCCUUAUUCACCAUGUUCGAUGGCAAUAUGAGAAUUUUGAUUUACGUCAGCAUAUCGAUUUGUUUGGUUUUUAUAGUGAUAGCCUUAUUAACUUUGAAAAUAUUUAAUGGCGUAUUUAUUAAGUCUGCCCGCACCUCUAUUUAUCGCAAUAUUUAUAUUUGUUUAUUAUUAAUCGAAGUUCUAUUCCUGAUUGGGAUAGAACAAGUCGAAGCAAAUAUAAUAUUUUGCGGUUUUACAACGGUAUUUUUACACUGUGCCAUUUUAACGGCCAUAGCAUGGUUUUGUUUUGAAGCAUUCCAAUCCUAUACAACUUUAACCACCGAUGAUAUAUUGCUAGAGGUUGAUCAGACCUCAAAAGUUAAUUGUUACUAUUUACUCUCCUAUGCACUAUCAUUUACAAUAGUGGCCAUUUCUUUGGCCAUAAAUCCCAGUACCUAUACCGAAAAUGAUUAUUGUGUAUUAAUGGAAACGAAUUUUCUAUUCUAUGCGACAUUCGUAACGCCACUAAUGAUAUUUUUAAUGGGUGCCUUGGGUUAUACUUUCUUAUCGUGGGUAAUAAUGUGUCGCAAGUCACGCACGGCUUUGAAAAAUAAAGAACAUACUAGAUUGGCUAAUGUGAGAUUUGAUAUACGCUGUAGUUUUAUAUUUUUGCUGUUACUGUGUGGUGCCUGGUUUACGGCCUAUUUCUAUUUAAGACGUUCCAAAUUGGAUGAUGAAAUGUCGCAAAUAUAUGGUUAUCUCUUCAUAGGUUUCAAUACCAUGAUGGGCAUCUAUAUAUUUGUGUUCCAUUGCAUACAAAAUGAAAAGAUACGCCGUGAGUAUCGCAAGUAUGUAAGGCAAAAUUCCUGGUUGCCCAAGUGUCUGCGUUGCUCCAAAACCUCUAUUUCCUCGGGUAUUGUGGGAGGCAGUGCCUGUGGCAUGAAUUCUGCUGGCAAUACGGGCACAUUGAAUAGCAAUACAAAUGCUUUGGUUUCUUCUACGGGAACUCAAUUGAAAAAGUCGAAAAUUCCCUUGGGAGAUGCUAAUGAAAACGAUGAAACUGGUAAUAUAAUCUCAGCCACUGAGGAUGCUAUCAUGGCCUCCUCAGACUGCGAGCUAAAUGAGGGUAGCAAAACACGUAGACAAGGAUCUUCUUCUAAUAGCAGUGCGGUGGGAGGUGUAGUACCCACAGCCGUUACCAUAAAGAGUGGCAUAAUGCCGGGUAAUUUAGUGCUGCAACAUGUCAACAAAACAAAUGAUCCCACUUUGCAGGGUCAUGUGAUAAUGGAGCGUAAUAAUGGUCCUGGUACCACUGGCACUUUAAGAUCUACAGGUGGCUUGCGUACCCCCAGUGCUGGCCAUACUUCGCCCACCUCGUCGGUUAGCUCUACGCAUUUGAUAUUUGGUCAGGGUCAUAAACAACAGCAAUUAGCUGCAGGCAGCAUGAAUGGUGUGGUACCACCGCCAACACAAGAAGCUUUUUAUCAUCAGCCAGAUUAUUAUGCCUGGCAAAAGGCCAACAGUAAACAGGCCGGGCAGCAGGGACAAGCGAGGGACUAUCAUGGCUCUGGUAUAUCACCGCAACAGCAACAACAGUCUCAUGAAUUCUUCUACUGGACCCAGAAACAUAAUCAGGGUCACAGCAAAAAGAAACGGGGCAGUAAUACUGGCUCCGACUCACCUAGUGGUUCAUUGCAUUCACGCAACACAGCCACUUCACAGCAGAUAUUGUUCUAUCCUUCAUACAAGAAAACAGCCAUGAAACAGCCCACACCCUCAGCGCCACAUUCCUACUAUGCUGAGGCCUUAGAUCCAGGAGCUCCACCGCCUCAUUAUCAGCAACAGCUGCAACAACAAAGACGACCACCACACGCUUAUCAACAACAGCAUCAGCAGCAACAGCAACAAUUGUCCUCUGACGAUGAACAAAUGGAGCACGCUGCUCAUGCUCAUUUGCUACAGCAAAUGAAUCGUCGUGGUCCUGGCCCUGGGGAAUUUGCGCUCUCCCAAACGUCGGGCCCUCAACAACAACGUUACUAUAGAAAUAAGCAUUCCAACUGUGAUUUAAACCAACCAAUGGGCGGCGGCGUCGGCGCUGAAACCUAUUACAAUCAAGGUUCAUUGGCCAGUGAUAAUGGUCCCGUAUACGAAGAGAUCUUAAGUAAUCGUACCUCGGAUGUACAACAUUACAAUGUCGAUGAUCUGUUACCGCAACUGUUGGCGCAGCUCAAUAUAUUCAAUAUAUUUAAAUAAUUUAUUUAAUAUAAUGUAUUUUAUUUAUUAACAAAAUAAUAUUGAAUAGAUUAAAAGUUUUUUCAGAAGUGACAAAAUAUUUCAAAUAUUC